CGUCAGUCAGUGCAGACCAGCGCUCGAAUCGUUUCGCUGGUUCCCUACCGUUCCGUUUACCAUCACUCGAACACGUUACACGCCGUCGCAUUAAUAUUUUCAAAUCGAAAUUGUUUAUCGUCAAGGUAUAUAUAAUUUUUUUCACGUUUUGUUUUCGUGUUCCGUGCUCUUGAUCAAAAACAAAAGAAAAAAGAAAAUAAUAAUUAAAAGACACAAAAAAAAAACUGAAGAAAAUACGGUUAAACGACAUGGUCGUCUGGUCCCAGUGUUUCGUAUUAAUAAUAGGCCGAGAAUGUCCCUUGGGCACAGCUCCAACGUGAAGCCGCCACCGUUGUUUUCGUAUUUAUCAUAACACAAUAUCUAGAUUUUCGUUUAAAAUAAAUAAAUAAAAAUAAAAUACACGAAUUACGUAUGUAUACGUAGACUGCAGUAUAUUAUACCCGAUACACCUACAACCACGGUAUAUAUACAUAAUAUAAUACAGUACAUUCGCAUAUAUCCGUCAUAUCAUAUAUACAUCCGAGUCGCUGACAAGUCAUCCGGACGUUGAAUAUAAUUUUCUUCUUUGAUAAAAAUAUUAAAAACGAAAUUGUGCUGUCGGUUAUUGGAGCUGUCUCUAUAUGUCGUAACGCAUCGUGCCGUCCUGCAGGAUUAUAUUGUACGAGCACUACUAAUACUACUACUACUAGGUACUACUUCUACUACUAGUAGUAGUACAACUUCCUAUAGUAAUAGUCGUCGUUCGAACCGAAAUCCAGCGAAUCUGAUGCAUGGAUACGUUGACCAGAAACAUGCCGUCCAAAAAGCAGUACAACCUCGUGCCCAACGAUGAUUACGACACUAGAAUACCUAUGCAUCCGGAAGAGGCGUUUGAGCACGGUAUUACAUUCCACGCCAAGUUCAUUGGAUCUCUGGAUGUUCCCAGGCCAGUGAACCGAGUCGAAAUAGUGGCAGCCAUGAGGCGGAUUAGAUAUGAGUUUAAAGCUAAAGGAAUAAAGAAGAAAAAAGUAUCCAUAGAUGUUUCCGUCGAAGGGGUCCGAAUUACUUUAAGAAAGAAAAAAAAGAAAAAACAAUGGACGGACGAGAAUAACCUGCUACUAAUGCAACAUCCUAUUUAUAGAAUAUUUUACGUUUCUCACGAUUCUCAAGACAUGAAAAUAUUCAGUUACAUAGCUAGAGAUGGUUCCACCAACGUGUUCAAGUGUAAUGUGUUCAAGGCAAAUAAAAAGAGCCAAGCGAUGCGAGUGGUGCGGACGGUAGGCCAAGCGUUCGAAGUGUGCCACAGAGUGAACCCGUCCGAAGACGGCGGCGACAGGGACGACGAGGACGGGACGUCGUUCAGACGUCGCGACGACGACGAUGACGACGACGACGACUGCGACGACGACGACGAUCCCCGAGGAGACGAUUCGGGCGACGAAGACGACGAGGCGGACGACGGUUCCGUGUCGAAACGAGACACAUUCGAAAACCAAGGUAGACUGGAAACAUCUGUUGGAAACGAUUCUGUUUCAUCAUUGGACGGAGCUAGAAGGGACGGAGGACCCAACGACAUACAACGACCUUUACGACUAGAUAUCAUUCCACCACCAUCGGCCUCGUCAGUCAACCACAGACGUUCCUCGCCAAUGAACGGCAGUGAAGUAUUUAGCUCUCCAAUGACUGAAACAUCCAAAGGUGACGGGGUCCCGUUGUCCUCUCUGAGCGUACAACACGAAAUGCAAUUAUUGCGCCAGCAACUGGACCAGCAAACGCAUCAGACACAAGCUGCAGUGGCUCAAGUUCACAUGCUCAGGGACCAGUUGGCGGCCGAAACAACCGCCAGGAUGGAGGCUCAGGCGCGGACACACCAGCUCUUGGUGCACAACAAGGAACUGCUGGAUCACAUCGCCUCGUUGGUGUCGUUGCUGCACGACCAGGAGAGGAUCAGAAGUGAACUGCAACACCAUUCGCUUCCCCCGCAUCCCAUGAUGUGCGACAUGCCGACGCCAUCGUCGGCGCCGGCGUCCUACCUGCCGGAAUUGCCGCCACCAUCUCCUCGGCACAGGGCCCCGGCGUACCACAUGCCCAUGAACUUCGACUUCAACUUUAGUCAACCCGCGCCGACGGUCGACCAACAGUUUCAAGCGCAGCUGCUGCAGCGGCUCCAGUCGCUGACCGGCACGAUAGCGGCGAACAACGCGGCCGCCGUGGGCCCGUACCAACAACAGCGGCCCGCGGCGUACCAACCGCACCUGUACGCCCCGGCCGCUCACCAGCAGCAGCCGUCCACGUCGCCGACGCUCAUCAACUGCAGGCCGUCGCCGCAGCCGUCGUACUCGGCGUCACCGGUGGCCGGCCGGUCCACGUCCGGCGCCGACUGUUGCGGUACCGCGAACGACGGCAUCAUCAAACCGCUGUCCGACGACCGGCAGGUGACGGUGGUGGUGGACGACCGGACCGCCGGCGAACCUUCGCCGCCGUCGCCGCAUCACCCGGAACCGCCGGAACCGACGGUGCUGUCGCCGCCGCCGCCCGGCAAGUUGCAAAAGUCGUUGCUGAAGGUGUCGUCGUCGUCGUCGAGCGGCGGGGGCGGUGGCGCCGGCAGGGCGGCCGGCAAAAAGACCGCGACCGUGGUCGGCAACGGUCCGAUAACGAGGUCGACCAGCGAAAAGGUGCCGAACAAGAGCAACCUGAUGAGCCAAGUGCACAGGACUACCUGGGCGCGGCACACCACGAAAUAGAUCCGUCCGGGAAAUCCGAGCACGUUGUAAAUGUGUUUUCGCCGAGUGCAAUACGAAAUUUAUAUACUAUAUAUAUGUGUGUGUGUGUGUGUGUGUUUGUGUGUGCAUACACAUCUACCCCUACGUACGACCAUUCGACACGUCGUAUUUGUGUAUAGGUCAGAUUUACACACUCGAUUUCCGUAAUAUCACGAGUUUUCACAUAUUUUAUCAUUGAUCACGUAGGAAGUUGGGUAUGUACACAUAUAUAUAUAUAUAUAUUAUAUAUACAGAGUAUGUGUAUGUAUAUUGUAUAUACUAUGUAUGUAUGUUUACAUAAUAUAAUAAUAAUAUAUUGUAUGCGAACGGGAUAUCGGCUGCGUCGAAUCUCGAGGGACAGUAUAAUAUAAUAUAAUACAUUAAUAAUAAUAUUAAUAAUAUCAUGACGGUCGCGAGACUUCAAACGCAACAUUAUAAUACAAUAUUAAAUUUAUUCGGCCGCGAAAACGUUUUUGUGUAAUAUCGUCGUCGAUAUCGUAUUAAAACAUUACAAUAAUAAUUAUUAUUAUUAUUCCGACGAAACCGAUAUUACGUUUUUGUUAUGUAUCAUAAUAUAUUAUCAUUACUAUUCCCCGCUAUGCCUACCGCCAAUUCGUGACUGUUGAAUUUUUAUAAUGUAACAUAAAAUAAAAAAAAACAUUUUGAUACAAAAAUGAA